CAAGACACACUGAUAGUGAGCGAGCGUUGCCGAGAGACAGACAGGCAGAAAGGCAGACAGACAUCUGACUGACGUGGAUGACCGAAAGGAGGACAACUCGUGUGUGUGCAGGGCUGAUCAGUUAAGGGCCCAUCAAGGGAGGUCACUUGAAAUACACGCACACAUACCCGCUCUUCAGAUUCAACUAACAACCCCCCUCCUCACACAAACAAAGGCUAGCCCUCUUCUCUCCCCAUGUUAGCCAUAACAUCGGCGACACUCACCCCACCACCGUCCCCCUGUCGAUGACGUCACUCUCGAGACCGAAUCGCCGCAGCAGACGGCGGGCGGCACCCACCGACUCUCGGAAGCGGUCGGCGAGCGGAUGAGACCGAUCGGCAGCAGAUGCCUCGGUCGUGUACAGGUGGAUGCGGCCAUUGCACACCACCAGAUACGCCGCAACGGUCUCGCUCGGCCGGAAUCCGCUCACAAUCACAUAACGACUGUCCCUCACAUUACCAUGGUUCAGAUUGCCCUCAUCGUAGCGGAAGUCGACAGCGAUGCCCUGCUCCUCUGUGAUGGCGUCGGUCAGCAGACGGCCAAAGCGAGGGUCACUACUGCCGAUGUUGGCCCACAGCAUCCUCCUCUUGUCCUCUCCCUCUUCAUGGCACCAGAGGCCGAGUACCCUGUCCAGCACCGCGUUCAGCAGGAAUGCCGAGAAUGAGGGGAAGAGAUUGCCGCUCCACCGGAUGACGGGGUCGGUCCGCUUGUAGCCGUCAGCAUAGCGAUGGCCGCCCGGCAGCUCACCCAACGGCACCACACGAAACGUCACGUUGCCAAUCCGAUAGAGUCCGUCAUUGCCGAUUUGCUGCAGCGCCAGGCCGGUCCCUCUGUAUGGGAGCUGUCGGCCGAUGAUCUUGUAGAUGGCCAUCGCCAAUGGCAGCUGGUGGAAUGCCGUCCUGCUGGAAAGGUCGGCUGUCAGCCGCUGAGCCGACAGCACCAGGGGCAGCCCAUUGGCAGGCGUCAGCCGAUAGAUGGCGGCCAGCCGGAUGAACCGCCCCAUCGCAAGGCCACUCGUUGCUGCCCUGCUCCAGCACAUAGGCCGCCCGCAGCACAUAGCUGAAUGGGAGAGGGGCGGUGCGGUCGACGUCGAUGAGGCCGGUGAGGGAGUGGCG